AUGCGCGCUUACAAUCUGCAUGCGAUAGCCACAGUGCUAGAAACGGAGGCCAUGCUGAUAAAAUCGCGUAAACCUUUGAACUCAGAGCAAGAGCAACUCGUCAAGAUCAUCAUCAGUCGUAUAGCGGGUGUCAUCACGGCAGGAAAGUACGUCGUCUGCACGUACAACGUUCCUCGCGACAGGCUCGCAGUCGCUGCUAAGGUCACACCCGGUAAACGGGCGCCAACUGUCAGUGCAUUGGAGACCCCGGGUUGGGUGGCUGUCAGUAGCAUGGUGGAGAAGAAAAAGAGUGCUGAAAUCAUGGACGAGCUGGAAAAAAUCGGUGCUGAGGAUAUCCUCAUUUUCAACCUUGACAAUUGUAGGGCGUGA